UGCGUUAUCCAGAUUGUUGACCACUAACUCCUACUUGCCAGACAAGAGCGUGGUGGUGGAAAGUAUGGUUAGCAAGAUACAAUUGAUUGUCAAGGAGGAAGACGCUGUUGGCGAAGGUUCAACUUUCAAAGAAUGUUUUAAAGGAACGAACCUAAGAAGAACGAGGAUUGCUGCAUUUACUUGGUUAUUCCAAAACAUCACUGGUGCUACUUUGAUGGGUUACUCAACUUACUUUUAUGAGCAAGCUGGUUUAGCUGCUUCAAACGCAUUCACUUUUUCUAUCAUUCAAUACUGCUUAGGUCUUAUUGGCACACUUGUCUCUUGGACCUUAUCACAGAAGCUUGGAAGUUUUACGAUAUAUUUUGGUGGUUUGUGCACAAUGAGCGCACUUCUUCUAAUCACUGGUGGAUUGGGUUGCUCAUCAUCUUCUGGAGCUAGCUGGGGUGCAGGGUCUAUGUUGUUGAUCUAUACUUUUGUCUAUGAUUCUACUGUUGGACCUAUGACCUAUUGUAUUAUUCCAGAGACACCUUCAGCCCAGUUGAGACAAAAGACAGUCAUGUUGUCAAGAUUUGUUUAUAAUGUGUCGGGUAUUGUCGUGAACAUUCUCACCAACUACAUGUUGAAUCCAUCUUCGUGGGGAUGGGGUGCCAAGAGUGGAUUCCUCUGGGCAGGAUUCGCUAUUUGUGCCGCAAUCUGGACCUGGUUUGAAAUGCCAGAAACCAAAGGCAGAACAUUUGCUGAAUUGGACAAGUUGUUUGAGCAAAAGGUGCCAGCCAGGAAGUUCAAGCAUACGAUUCCCAAAACUUUUGAUGCUGGUGAAAUGAUGGAAAAAUUGGGUGAUCACGGAAUCAAGAAUAUUGUCAAUGAAAGAGAGCAUCGGGAAUAUGCUGAUGAUGAAUCAUUGUGA